AUGGGAAAUAUCUCUACUUUUAAGUUCUUUAUUCUUUCUGGGCUGCAGGACUCAGGAAUUUACAAACAUUUGUACUUCUUUUUGGUGUUUGUUCUUUACGUUCUCAUAAUUAUAGGCAACGUAACUUUGAUCAUUAUUGUGACAGUGGAUAAAAGCCUCCAUGAGCCCAUGUACAUUUUCAUCUGUAAUCUUUGUGCAAAUGGACUCUACGGAACUGUUGGCUUUUACCCUAAACUUUUACUGGACUUGCAAUCUGAUGUUCACAUGAUAAGCUACAAUUGGUGCAUGAUUCAAACUUAUGUCAUUUACAGCUCUGCGAUGUGUGAAAUUUCAGUUUUAACAGUGAUGUCUUAUGAUCGUUAUGUGGCUAUUUGCAGACCACUGCAAUACCACAGCAUUGUGACUCCACGUGCUGUGUUAAACUGGGAUGGUUCAGUAAAUCUUCCAAUAGGUGUGCGUAAUGCAUUGGCUGUACAAUUUCUGAUUUUUCCUCCACUGUUGGACCCAUUGAUCUAUGGCCUCCAACUUCCACAGAUUCGAAAGACACUGCGUUCAGCGGUGUGGGCUUGA